AUGAGAGAAGAGAGAGAAAUAUAAUUACAUUUAAACUAGCUGAAAAUUAGGUUUUUACAUUUAUGCCCAAAGACCAUCAUCGACAGAGCAAUCAGUAUCAGAAGAAAGACCAGGAAGAUUUGAAGCUUUGAUUAGUCAUGCGAAUUCUUGCUGCUCGUGUAGCUAGCCAUUUUUGCAGAGGAAGAAAUGCAAAUCCUCGAUCGCAGAAUUUCUCCUCGCUGACCAAAAAAGAUGACCUUACAUUGGAGGAAGAAGCUGAGAGGAAAAUUGGCUGGUUGCUGAAAAUUUUCUUUGCUGGGACAGCAACGUAUGUCGGAUACCAGUUCUUCCCUUAUAUGGGUGAUACUUUAAUUCAGCAAUCAGUCUCGCUUUUACAUGUGAAGGAUCCCUUGUUUAAGAGAAUAGGAGCUUCUAGGCUUUCCCGUUUCGCCAUUGAUGAUGAAAGGAGAAUGAAGGUUGUAGAGUUGGGUGGGGCUCAAGAGCUUCUACAUAUGUUGAGGGCUGCUAAAGAUGACAAGACAAGGAAAGAAGCUCUAAAGGCUCUCGCUGCUCUCUCCAAAUCAGAUGAAGCUGCCAACUUCCUGGGAUCUAAUGGAGCACUCUCUAUCGUCAAAUCGACUCCAGAUUCCUUGGAAGAUGCAGACAUUUCAACAUACAAGUCAAACAUACUCAAGAAGCUAGAUGACAAAGAACUCACCGUUUCUUCCAAUUGAGAACUCAUUUCAGAAAAAGGAUAUAGGUCAAGAAUCAUAAGUCUAGGGAUCGCCAUAAUACUUAGCUUUUUGAAGACCUGUAUCAUUUUAGCUUCCUCUUUUCCAACAUAGAGCUCAUCAACUUUUGUUACGAAAGGAAUAGUCUGAUUCACAACAAUCGAAGUUCUUUUCUCAAUACUUAAUAGUUGGUAAUCUCUGAUUCAGAUGUUCAGUUCAUUUGUAUAAUGGCUAUGAAAAACAAUUAUGGAAUAAGUUUUAAAGAAUUGUACAUUUUAUC